AGUUUAUGACAUGAAUUUUAGUGUUCGGUCGUAAAUUAUUUUGAGAUUGCUAUAUAUUUCAUAGAAUUUUUACAUUUCUUCAAAAAUUUAUCACUGAUACUGUGUUUCUUUAUAAAUUAUAAUAACCAUAGUUAGGCAUCAAUCGGCCAUUCAUUAACAUUUAACAAUCAGCUUUGAAUUACGAAGGUGUUUUAGUGCUAACUUUUUUUAGUUUCGAUACGCGGUAACACUAUGGCAAUGGCAAACGGAGUAAAUCUGCAGGAUGGUUUGUCUUGCGAUGAUCUCUUCCGCAAUGGCGAUGGGCUGACUUACAACGAUAUCCUCAUUCUUCCGGGCUACAUAGAUUUCUCAGCUGACGAAGUCGAUUUAUCUUCCCCACUAACGAAAAAAAUAUCAUUGAAAGCUCCCUUAGUGUCCUCGCCAAUGGACACGGUUACUGAAGCUGAUAUGGCAAUUGCAAUGGCGUUAUGCGGAGGUAUUGGAAUCAUCCAUCACAACUGCAGUCCGGAGUUUCAGGCGAACGAAGUCCAUAAGGUAAAAAAAUACAAGCAUGGGUUCAUCCGUGAUCCGGUGGUAAUGAGCCCGGACAAUACUGUUGCCGAUGUACUGGAAGCAAAGAAAAACAAUGGCUUUACCGGUUACCCAAUAACGGAACACGGACGCCUUGGAGAACGUUUAAUUGGAAUCGUCACAUCUCGAGAUAUCGACUUUCGCGAGGAUCUUCCUCAGUUGAAACUUCGAGGUAUCAUGACCAAAAUCGAAGAAAUGGUAACUGCUCCGAGUGGAGUAACACUGCAGGAAGCUAAUCAUAUACUUGAAAAAAGCAAGAAAGGAAAGUUGCCGAUUGUGAAUAGAAAUGGUGAACUGGUAGCCUUGAUAGCAAGAACCGAUUUGAAAAAAGCGCGUAGUUACCCAAAUGCCUCCAAAGAUAGCAACAAACAAUUGAUUGUUGGUGCUGCCAUAUCGACGCGAGAAAAUGACAAAGAACGUUUGGAACUGCUGGUACAAAAUGGAGUCGAUGUGGUAGUUUUAGAUUCAUCUCAAGGAAACUCAAUUUAUCAAAUUAACAUGAUAAAAUAUAUAAAACAAAAAUAUCCUGAGCUGCAGGUUAUCGCUGGAAAUGUUGUUACCCGCCAACAAGCAAUGAAUUUAAUUGAAGCAGGAUGUGACGCUUUGCGAGUUGGCAUGGGCUCUGGAUCAAUCUGUAUUACUCAGGAAGUGAUGGCCUGUGGGUGCCCACAGGCGACGGCAGUCUACCAAGUGAGCAAAUUGGCCCGAGAGUAUGGUGUACCUGUGAUUGCGGACGGUGGUAUCCAGUCAAUUGGGCACAUUAUGAAGGCACUGUCGUUAGGAGCAUCCAGUGUUAUGAUGGGUUCAUUACUUGCCGGUACGUCCGAAGCCCCCGGUGAAUAUUAUUUCAGCGAUGGUGUGCGAUUGAAGAAAUACCGUGGAAUGGGCAGUUUGGAAGCGAUGGAGCGUAAAGAUGCUAAGAAUGCUGCAGGUUCUCGGUACUACCACACAGAUAUUGACAAACUGCGUGUCGCCCAGGGCGUAAGUGGAAGUAUCGUUGACAAAGGAUCGGUUUUGCGUUUCUUGCCCUACCUCCAAUGUGGAUUACAACACAGUUGUCAGGAUAUUGGAACAAGAUCCAUACAAAAUUUAAAGAAAAUGAUUUACAACGGUGAAUUACGGUUCACCAGGCGCACUCAUUCGGCGCAGGUCGAAGGUAACGUUCAUGGUUUGUUUUCCUAUGAGAAGAGACUGUUCUGAGAGCAAGGACAAUUUACGUCGAACCCUAAUUCGUAACUGUAAUAAUACUACCCAGCAUCAGAAACUCACCGAUAAGUUUAUUCGACUUAAUUUCGUAAGUACUUCUAUAUGAUAAAGUGACAGUCUAUACAAAACAAUGUGUCCUAUGUGUCAAAUAAUGGUUGCAAAAGAUUCGUGUGAACAGAACGACAAAUGUUGCAGAAGCAUUAAAACAAAAGAGCUGAUAGUGAUAUAAGCAUAGCAUCGUUUUUUUAAAUUUACCGUGAUAUGUAAUCAAGUUUGAGUAGAUCAAUCCAUUGGAAAUGGUUCAAUUACAAUAAAAUUUAUAUUACUGUGAAGUUUUCAGUACAUAAUUAAUGUACAAGGCUUCUUUUGGUUUCCAAAUUUUGCCACAACAAAUUUUUUAGUAUUGCUGUUAGUAAUAUACUUUACUAGAAAUAUUUUUCAA